AUGGUACAUUAUAGCAUUGUUUCUAACCAUCGAUUGUUCCUGCUAAAAUACCCAUCGAUGGCAACCAUCGAUGGAGGAUGUGUCGAUGGCCGUCCCAACUAUUAGCAGUCACAUGACACUAAAGUAAUUUCCGACCCGCCGCUUCCAGUUCCGCUUCAAGUUCAAGCGCUAGCUGUUGGCGCGGCACAGUGACGUCAUCAGAAUGGAUUCCCUUACAGAAUCCCUGGCUGGAAGUUUUUCUGUGUCGUCACAUCUAAACAGUCCUUCUGCUCCCCACCCAAGAUUGUCUCAGUACAAGGGCAAAUACAGUUCUCUGGAGCAGAGCGAGCGCAGAAGGAAACUGCUGGAACUGCAAAAAGCGAAACGUUUGGACUACGUGAACCAUGCCCGUCGUCUGGCAGAUGGGGACUGGACAGACCAAGAUGAGGAGAAGGUAGAUGAAGACAACCAACUAGAAGAUGCAGCGGGCGAGGCAGAGGAGGAAAUGGAUGUGGAUCCUGGGAAGAAGCUGCCCAGACAUUACGCUAACCAGCUCAUGCUCUCUGAGUGGUUGAUAGAAAUCCCCCCAGACCUGGCUGAUCUCUGGCUCCUUGUUGUUUGUCCCACUGGAAAGCGUUCCCUGAUUGUUGCAUCUCGGGGUUCCACCACAGCUUACACUAAAAGCGGAUAUUGUGUGAACAGAUUUCCAUCACUGCUACCAGGAGGAAACAGGAACAACAAUGCUAGCGGCAAAGAUUACACUAUUCUGGACUGUAUAUAUAAUGAAGAGUCUCGGACAUAUUAUGUGUUAGAUGUCAUGUGUUGGAGGGGGCACCCAGUGUACGACUGUCAGACCGAUUUUCGCUUUUAUUGGCUUGAAUCAAAGCUCCAGGAACAAGAUGAACUAUGUGAUAUAUCCAAACGCAACCCAUUCAAGUUUGUUGGCCUGCAGAAUUUCCCCUGCUCUCUGGACUCCAUACAGAAUGUUCUCAUGCAAACCUUUCCAUAUAAGGUGGAUGGACUUUUGUUUUACCAUAAGCGCACCCACUACACUCCAGGUAGUACUCCGCUGGUUGGAUGGCUACGCCCUUACAUGGCACCUGAAAUCUUAGGCUUCCCUACCCCACCAGGACCCCUAGCAGAGAAGCCAGCGUAUGCACAAGAACAAAUGCGUCAAAUUCUAGAACAUAAGAAGGGAGGAAAGGGAGCAGCAGAAGGUGGACGCUAUGAACUAGAACAUCUUUCCACACUCGCUUCAUCUGAAUGAAAAGUGUGCGUAAUAGAGAUACUGUGAAAUACUGCUACCCUUACGUUUUAUAAGAAAGAAAUCUACUAAUAAUGCCUUCAAUACAUCCACAUCAUCGUCCAUAACAGCUGCCAUUCCUCUAGAUAGAAAUCUCCCUUAAACCAGAUCAGUAGCUUACAACAAGACAAGUUUUGUGGACAUCUCGAGGUGUGUGUAGACUUAAUUUGCUGUCACAAGGAAAAGAACACUUACCAGGACUAUACACAUCUGUAUAGUGUUUAUGCAAUUAAACAUUUACUAAUAAAUCUAUUUAAAUAGGAA